GCCGAAGCUUAUCGAUAUCGCUUAUCGCUGCUUAUUGAGGGAGCGCAGUCGGGCAAAAGAUAGAGGUAAGCAUUCCUCCGCCCGACCUUCUCUUUGCCCUGUUCCGCCCUUUGUUCGGCGUGCAUGACGCCUAAAGGGUCACGCUUGGGGCUGCUUUUGGGCUGCAAACUCCGCAGCCAGUGACACUAUACGUGCCUGUUAUAUCAUCAAAAAGCCCCUGCCUUUGCAAGGACAAAAGGAGAAGGCGAACACCACAUCUGUCCAGCUGUCGUCUUCCUAUCCUGCGGCCCUGUCAUGUCUUUCUGAACUGCCUUGGGGCCUCUCCUCCUCCUUAUAUCCUCCAAAUGCUCUGGUCAAUGGAUUUGUCUGGAUCAUGGCUGACCAUGCAUACUCAACGCAGCUUCCAAGCAUGGUCCGCAAGCCCAAGGCCGUAUGGCCUGGAUUGGUCAAGAUGGGCAUGUAUCAGAAGCAGAUAGCAGGUGAUGGCAACUGUCUCUUUGCAUCCCUCUCUGAUCAACUCUACGGCACUCCGGCAAAUCACCCCGAAAUACGUGCAAGCAUCAUUGACCACAUGCGGACCUACCGACCACUAUUCGAACAUUAUGUCCACAAAGAUGACGUGCAACAACGUCGAACCCUUCGUUCCGCUACAAUGGCCAUUCGGCAGGAGCCAGAAGACGCGUUUGAAGAAUACCUAUCUCUCAUGUCACGCAGUGGUACCUACGGCGGAGAGCCCGAAUUGGUAGCCUUCUGUCAGGUCUUUGACCAGGACGUCACGGUUCAUCUUCCGACCAUCAAGAACUUUGAUCGUGAUUCGAUCACCUACACAAACGAGCACCGAGAAAUUCCUACGCCUACCACUCCUCUACACAUCUGCUAUGGUGGAGAUGAGGUCACGCGAGCACACUACGACUCAGCCCGAAGCCGAGAUGGUUCAACACCUGCAAGCCGCAGCAGCCCUCUUCUCAAACCACAAGACAUUCCUCGCAAUGGCAUAUCAAGCCCUCUACCAUCAGUGCCGAUGUCCUACCUCACGUCGAGAGGUAUCCGCAAUAGCAGGUCUGACCUGUCAUCCGAAAUCAUCCAGGACUUCCUCCAGGAGAGCAAGAAGGAGGCAGGAAUCAACCUGGAUCAUUUGAAUGACAAAUACCGCGCCAGAAGCCCUUCUGUGACUUCUUCACAACGAAGCUCGAGCUCCAAAAGAUCAUUGGACGAUGACGGAGAGCCUAUCCGAUCAAGCAAACGAGCCGAUAGGAGGAAGAGCAUGAGGAGACGUGCACAUCCUCUUCCAAGCCCAGACGACGAAUUCUCCCCUCGUCUCCCUAUCGACUCUCCGAGCGCAGAAACACCCCCAAGCACCCAAGAAACCGAAGUAUCAUCCGACACUCCGUCACUUCAGACUGAACAAGCCACUAUCCAAACCUCGUCCAUUACCCUUGACGAUGAAACUGUCAAUGCGAAGUAUGUUGCUCGUGCUACGAAACCAUCGACCAAAACACAGACUAGGACGUCUCUCAACCUCGUCACCAACAGACCACAGACAGCCGAGGCACCAAGUCCGAGGUUGAUGUCGAUGGCCGAGAGACCAAAGUCAACAUUACGAGCAUGAUGCAUACAUGGAGUACAAAUGUGG